AUGAAUUCCUUAUUCAGCUUCUUGAUUAUCAUCAUCUCGUGCGUCUUAUGCGCAGUAACACCGACUCAAGCGCAAGACGUUCACCCGCACUUCCCUCUCAAUCGUGACGUGAAACGUCGGGAGAAUCGAGCGCUCAACCUCUCUGAUUAUCCUCCUCUCGGCAUACAAAUCCCCGUGGACCACUUCAACACUUCUGACAAUCGGACAUACAACAAUCGAUACUGGAUCAACGACGUAUACUACAAAGGAAGCGGUCCAGUCUUCUUCUUCGACGUUGGCGAGGCAAAUGCUCAUCCGACAGCGGCUAAUUGCCUGGAUGCAAGCUCGCACCCCUCCAAUGCCGUGAUGGCACUGGCGAAAAGAUUUGAUGGUAUCGUAGUCAUCUUCGAGCAUCGUUUCUACGGAGAAAGCUUUCCUAUGCCCAUGAACACUACCUCCGGCCACGCACUUGAUGCUGGGGCAUACCAAUAUCUCAACAUCGAGCAAGCGCUAGAAGACGUCGUGUACUUCAGUAAUGUUUUCCAACAUCCAAAUCCUAGGCCAUUCUGGUCAUCGCUCACACCUGCACGCACACCUUGGGUCUGGAUUGGUGGCAGUUAUCCUGGAACCAGAGGUGCCAUCAUGAGAAUCCGCAACCCAGAAAUUAUCUUCGCGACUUGGGCCAGCAGUGCUCCCAUAGAGACUCGCAUUGUUGACCAGGUACUGAUGAACGGCACGAAGAAUGAAGUUCUGAAGCUGAAGACUCAACUCUCCAAUGCUAUAGACCCGGACAUGCAAAGUCAAGCCCAUGAGUCCUUUGGUCCGACCGACCCAGGCCUGCUUGAAGACGUUGAUGUCGCUCGUGCUUUAGAGUCACCCUUAACGGGUUACCAGUACUACGGACUUGAUGUUUUCUUGCAGCCCUUUUGUGACAGGAUGGAGACGAUGAACAGCACAAUCGACUCCUCGGACAAUGGGAUCGCUCUCUCGCACAACAUCUCGAUGGCAUGGUCGGCGUUUCUGGUGGGAAUCGCUGGGAUUCACACCGAUGCUUUAUCGCCUCUUGGGAUUGCUGGGAUCUUCACCAAUGCUUCAUCGCCCUUUGAAUCUAUCGGCCCUGCAGAAGCGAUCAGAAGCUGGCUCAAUCAACUCUGCUCCGAGCUCUGCGCCUUCCAUUGCGGCAACCCAAAAAACCCUCAUACAAUUCAGUCAAGAUUCAUGAGCAUCGACACGUACCAAGAAUAUUGCAACAAUACGUUCCCCGGCAUUCUGCCGUCAAAGCCUGAUGUGUUCAAGCUCAAUAGAUACGGCGGCUGGAGAAUGAACCCAUCCAACACAAUGUGGACCGCGGGUGAGCUGGAUCCAUUGACGGCUCUCACCCCCGCCUCCACGUUAGAGGAUGCACCUGGCAGACGCAGUGUUCAGAUGAUCCCCGAUGCAGGCAUGCCUCCUCCGGACGAUGAGAUCUUUGGAAUCGUCCAUGAAGGUAUGGUUCAUGCGGUGGAUCUGUCAGCAGGAGAUGGAACCGAGAAGGCUUUCAAUGACAGCGUCUCAUUGUUCCAGAAGGCGUUGGCGAAAUGGCUCCCCGCUUUUGAGUCUCAUUAA